GCCCGUCCCAUUUGUCUAAAGAAGCCAGGCAGAACACAAAGACCCAUAAAUAAAACCCACCCCCAUCUCCUCAAAUCAAAGAGAGGGAAAUACAAGCUUGUCCCUGGUGAGUUUCAAGUUCAUCUUCGAAAUUAUGCCAGGAGGUGUACAAUCUGAGAGAGAAGACAAGGUGUCUCUAGAACUCAAUGAAGAGAUUCUUCAAAGCAUGGAAGUCGGCAUGGCCUUUCGUGAUUAUAAUGGUAGAAUUAGUUCACUGGACUUCCAUAAAACAUCAAAUUUCCUGGUGACUGCUAGUGAUGAUGAAUCGAUUCGACUAUAUGAUAUCAGCAAUGCAACAUGUUUAAAGACAAUAAAUAGCAAAAAGUACGGGGUUGAUCUGGUCUGUUUUACUUCUCAUCCCACGACCGUUAUAUACUCUUCAAAGAAUGGCUGGGACGAAUCACUGCGUCUACUCUCAUUGCACGACAACAAGUAUUUGCGGUACUUUAAAGGUCACCAUGACAGAGUUGUCUCCCUUAGCUUGUGCUCCCGAAACGAUCACUUUAUCUCAGGCUCUCUUGAUCGAACUGUGUUGCUCUGGGACCAAAGAGCUGAUAAGUGUCAAGGUCUAUUGCGCGUACAAGGAAGGCCAGCUACAGCUUAUGAUGACCAAGGACUUGUGUUUGCAAUAGCUUUUGGAGGAUACAUAAGAAUGUUUGAUGUUCGUAAUUAUGAAAAGGGCCCAUUUGAGAUAUUUUCUGUUGGGGGAGAUAUGUCUGAUGCAAAUGCUGUAAAAUUUAGCAAUGAUGGAAGACUUAUGCUUUUGACAACUAUGGAUGGACAUAUACAUGUACUUGAUUCAUUCAGAGGCACACUAUUAAACACGUUCAAUGUCAAGCCAGUUUCAAGCACUUCCACUCUGGAGGCAUCCUUCAGCCCUGAGGGAUCGUAUGUUAUAUCAGGUUCAGGUGAUGGUAGUGUCUUUGCUUGGAGUGUUCGUAGUGGCAAAGAAGCUGCUAGUUGGAUGAGUUCUGAGACUGAGCCUCCUGUCAUUAAAUGGGCUCCUGGAAGUCUUAUGUUUGUUACAGGAUCUUCUGAGCUGUCAUUCUGGAUUCCUGACUUGUCUAAACUGGCUACCUACGUAGGAAGAAAGUAAACAAUCAUCUAGGCAAGAAUAGUGUGUAUUUUUGCAGAUCAAAAUGCAGGCAAACUUAGUGAUGAACACACAGAACUAGUUAGUUUGCUCUGGAAUAUUAGGAUAUUCAGAUGGACCAUAUUCCAUUACAUGCCCAGUAUGGUUGUCGAAGUUGAUGAAAAUAUAUGGAAGAACCUUGUGAGACAUUCGGAGCACGCAUCUCUGCAUUAGAAGUUUAGCUUUCGAGUUGGAGGGAGGUCCUCAAGGAAGGUAGAGAUGCUCUACCCUGUUGAUUAGUCAAGAAUUGUAAUCCAUCAUCGUAGAUGUUCUUCAUACUGUUAAAUAUUUUUCUUUGUACAUCUUGGUGCUGUUAUAAUAUCCUUGUAUAUUAGUUACUCCC